AUGACAGAAUCGCUUUGCUCAUGUUGCAAGCUUCUAGGAAAGCCUCCAAGUCCAAUAAAUUUUAUUAUUGCAAUGGGUUCACCAGUUAGUUUAAUUUAUCCGAAAGUCGAAUAUUUACUUAGGAAUUAUUCCGAAAUUUCUUCUUAUAUGAACGAUAUUCGUUUACCAAAUUACGAAAUAUUAACGAAUAUCAAUGAUCAACUCUUUACUAGCCAAAAUCAGUCGUCAUCAAUUGAUCAACCCCUAUCAACUCUUAUACCAUCAUGUUGUAAUGGAUUUAAUCUUAUGUCAAUUAAUAUUAAUGACGUAUCAAAUUCUUCUCAAAUCGGUGAAUUUCGUAAUCGUUUGCUUGAGUUAUUGAAAUUAGCAAAUAAAGUAGAAAAUGUCCAAUAUAAAUCGCCUAGUUGGAUUCUACUCAGUGGAUCUAUAUGUUUAGAAUCAAAAUUUAUUAAUAUAUUUCUUCAAUUGAAUGAUUUAAAUUCACCAUUCUUUAAUUUCACAUUGAAAAUCAUGUGUUUUCUUGUUGAUGAACAACAACUUUUCGAAAAUUCAUUAGCUCAAAGACGUUCUGUUCAAGAUUAUCAAAUAAAUAUUUAUCCUGUAUACGAAAAACGAAUUAAAAGUUUGUUCUCUGUGCUAGCCUCUUCCAAGUAUCUUCAAAAUAACGUCUUACUUAUUGAUGAACGAAUCGUUACAGAUGAUAGUGCACUUCAAACAUUAAUACAAAGCCUGUAUCAUAAUGAAUCAUCAAAGUAUUUAGCUAAUGACAAUAAACUCCGGUUUGAUGUGUUAAAGUUACUUUCACCUCGUCGACGAACAGCACGCGAUGUACGAGAUAUUCGAAACUUUUUACAAAAAAAUUAUAAUCGUACUAUCAGUAAUCGAUUAAAGCCACUUCUCAACGAUCUUCAGCAAUCAGACACAGCUGAAAAUGCUGCCCGUAAAAUUGUUCAUCUUGUUCUCGAUGAAUUUGACCGUUUAAAUGAUGAAGAAUUACAAGUAUAUAAAAGACAAUUGAUAUUUGGUUUUAAUCUUAGUGAUGCAGCAUAUCAAAAUACAAUAGCUGCUCAAUUAAUUCAUUAUGUUCUUCAAUUGCUCAACAAUCAAAACUAUGCAUUAACACCUUUUAUUUAUUCAAUGGUUUUAGCUAUAUGUGUGUUAGGCAAUCAUUUCAUUUUUCGUCAUGAUUUAUUUAGUCAUACACCUGAAAUAUAUACAUUAAGUUUACAACUUAUUACUCAACGAGAAUAUGCUCUGACAUUGUCUGGUUUACGAUUAUGCUCGACUAUAUUAAAUGGCGACCAAAUCGAACAUAAAUAUGCGAUUUAUUAUUUAACUCAUGAUCCAUUAGCAGCACGUAAAAUAUUAGAUGCAAUUAAAUGGCUUCUAUCACCAUAUCAAAUCCUUAAGAAUUUAUGCAGAGAAGUACAAGCUCACGAAAAUAGUGAUUCACAAUCAAUUGUAGAAAUCUCAAAGUUGCAUUUUUUUGAAAAGCUUUGUUUUUGUCAUGCAAAUAUUCUUAUUGAACGAUCUUUCAUUAGCAAUGUCGCAUUAUUAUUUCAUGGUUCAGCUGAUAAUUGUGCACAAGUAAUAGAAGAUGAUGUACAUUAUGUCACUGAAGUCAUUCUAGUAUUAGCAAAUUCUUGUACGAUUGAACGGUAUGAUGGAGAAAAAAUAAUUCACCAUAUAUCAGUUCUUAUAAGUGAAUUAUGUGCUCUUCUAACACCUAUUCUUUUAUACAGUUCACCAACAGUUAAUUUAGCAUUAAUAAAUAAUGAUAGUUUAUUAUGGACUAUUCCAAAUACUAUUUGGCAUUUAUUAAAAGCAAAACCUAUUUAUCAAAAUGCAAUAGAUACAUGUAUGUCAUUCUAUACACAAUUUAUUCAGUCGAGAGUGAAACGCAAUGAAACUAUUAAUAAUAUUCAAGAUGAUGAGAAAAACAGGUCACCUGAUAUAGAAACAAUUGAAGAGAAAGUAGAUUCAUUUGUCCCUUUACAACUUUCUCAAGACUUAAUUGUAUCAUAUCACAAGUUAUAUCAGCAAUAUCAAGAAACAUAUUUGAACGAAGAAAAACCAAUACAACAAACUCAUAUUCAGACAUUAUUAGAUGAAGAAUGGAAAAAACUUGAUAUAUUACAACUUAAAAGUGAUUAUAAAAAAGUUGAAAAUGAAAAACAACAACUUAAUACAGAAUUAAAAAAGUUAAGAAAUGAAUUACAACGUACACAGUCAGAACGAGAUCAAUUUAGAAAAGAGAAUAUACAAAUGGCUCAAGAAAUAGAUAAACUCAAACAACGACCAAUUAUUAACAAAACAGAACAAUCUCAACAAUUAUCAAUAAUGACUUCUAUUGCUAAUAACAAUCCGAAUAGUAUAAUUGAUGAAGUACAACAACUUUCACCAAAUGAAAUUAGUAAAGAACAAGCAGAAAAUUUUAUUCGAGAAAUUUCAUAUCGACGAACAAUAUUUAAUGAUGAAGACAUGCGAAAAUCUAUAUGCGGAUCAUUGAAAAAUCUUGGUUCUGAUCUUUAUAGUUCAUCUGUACAUUUUUUGUACGAACUUAUUCAGAAUGCUGAAGAUAAUUCUUAUGAUAAUUCAGUCAUACCCUGUUUACGUAUUGAACUUAAUCAUAAUUAUAUUCUUCUAUCAAAUAAUGAGUGCGGUCUCCGCGCUAAAGAUGUAUUAGCUAUUUGCAGCUUAGCUGUAACUACAAAAACAAAUUUAAAAGAACAUAUCGGCGAAAAAGGUAUUGGUUUUAAAUCAGUUUUUGCUGCUUCAAAUCAACCGAUGCUUGUUUCACAUGCAUGGAAAUUUUGUUUUCAAGUGCCAGGCAUUGAUGCUAUGUCAUAUAUAACACCGAUAUGGAUAACAGAUCAAGAUAUACCAGAUUGUAUAUCCAAAAAAAUUUCAACAUAUACUGAACAUACUCAUCUUUAUUUGCCUCUUAAAUUACCAGCACAAACAUCUGAAGUUAAUUUAUUUCUUGAUCAAGUUAUCAAAGCUGUUGAUCCAUGUGUUUUACUUAAUAUGCGGCAAUUAAAACGGCUUGAAAUAUUUGACAGCAGAAGCAAUAGAGAAAUUCGAAUUGAAAAGCAAUUUAUAGAAUCAACAAAAUUAGAAGAAAAAUUGCAUGUGACAUUUGAAGACUUCACAUUUUUGAAUCUAACGGGAUCUCUUAUGCAAUUAUACACAUCAAUAGGAUAUAAUACCUUUCGGGUAUAUACUUGUUGCAUACAAAUACCGAAUUCAAUUGAACAACGGCAAUCUUCCAAUACACGAUUGAGUUUAAUAUUUCCUUGUGAAAAGGAUUACCAUUUAACAAGUACAGUUUAUAAUGGUUUACCUGUUUGUAAUCUUGGAUUUAACUUUUUAUUUAAUGCUAAUUUUCAAUUAGUUACAAAUCGUGAAAAUGUUCGAGAAAAUGCUCCAAUAAAUACAUUUAUUCGUGAUCAUCUAUCAGCAUUUUUUGUUUAUGUUUUAUUAAAUGAUAUUGACCUAAGAAAAGAUAUCAAUCGAUACUGUCCGACAGCAAGUAUGUAUCAAGAACAACAUUCAUCAUGGUGGCUUAUUAUGAUUGAUAAUAUCAAUCGAUUAAUAAGAAAAUAUAUUUCUGUAUUACUCAAUAUUCAAACAGAUAAAACAAUUCGCUACUUUAAUAAAGAUUUGUCAUUACUCGUGACAAAUGAACAGUUGUACAAUUAUGCCAAUAUUCAUGUGAUUGAUUCCGAUACGUCUUCUUUAACACUUGAACAUUUGAAAUCAUUUCAUAUACAAAAAGUUUCAAUCAUAGAUAUAUUAAAUUGCUUUCCUGAUCGAGAAGAAACAAUGAAUAGUGAUCGUCAACAAUUUCGAUUGUGGACGCAAAAACAAGAUGAAAAUUGGUGGUCUCUACUUUUUCAACGUUUAACUGAAACGAUGACAUUAGAAUCAGCUCAAAAGAUUUUACUAAAACCAAUUUUUCUUCUUCAAAAUCAUCAUUAUAGAGAAUAUUUACCAAUUAAUGAUAGUUCACGAUCUCAACUUCUGUUUAUCAGUGAUAAUCCUCAAUUUCAAAUGUGGAAAAAGCAAAUUACACUCCUAAAAUAUUCAUCAAAAUCUGAAUAUGCUACUCUUCUUAACUCAAAACAUGUACAACUUCUUACAAACGAACGCAUAAUUGAAAUUAUUCGUCAGCAUCAUUUACAAUUAGCUAGUUCAUCUCUUGUUUUAAAUUCAAAUAUGGAAUUAAUCGAAGAGGUAUGGCAAGAUUUAUUUUAUUUAAAAUCUCAUUUAAAUAAAUUAAAUAAAUCUAUACCAUUUCUUAUACCUAUUACCGACACAGUGAAGCUUAUUCCAAUUCAAAAUGCAAUUCUACCAUCAAUAUUAGGGCUAGAUAUUCGAUCAUUUAUCAAUACCAGAUCCUCAUCAAUUAUAUACUUUCCCUAUUGUAAUAUUCCUUACCUUCAAUUGUAUGAUCUUCUUCAAUGGGAACAUUUUCUACUUCAAAUGAAUUGUCAACGUCCAUCAAUUCGUCUGUCGCCAAAUUAUUCUGUUACUAAUUUACCAGUUUUACCGGGACUGACCAUGUUUACAGAUGAAGGUUUUGUUGGAUUAGCUGAAUCGAUUUUGUCUUAUCAAACUGAAGAUACAAAAGAAUGUCUUCGUCAAUUUCCAGUUGUUGUUAAUUCAGAUAUUGAACAACAAAUAGUACCGGUUUCAGCUACAUUUGAUGAAAUGAUUGUUUCUAAUUUACCAUCAUUUCCACAUAUUACAAUUCCUCAUCAUUGCCGUACAUUAGCAAAAAAUCUUGGUAUCUGUACCGAAUAUAACAUAUUAACAUGUGUCAAAAUUUUAAAAAUAUUAAACAAUGAAAAAAAUACAGAUGUUGAUUUAUAUGUUCAAUGGUUGAGUCAUUUGCAAUUAUAUAUUCGUCAACAACAUAAUGAAUUAAAUGUACAAACUUUCCUUUCAUCAUUUCAAUUGUAUCUUCCUGAUGAAAAUAACUUUUAUUUUUUAAAAGAUCUUUUAAUCAAACCAGAUAACAACGAAUAUGAUCGUGCUAUUUUACUUCUUUCAAAAUAUCUUAAAUUACAACUAAUUUCAUCAACAAAUAAUCAAAUUUAUUUACAAUUUCAAGAUCUUUUUCAUUAUUUAGGAUGUUUAUCAGCAUCUACAAUUAGAAUCGAUUACGUUCAUUCAGCAAUUUAUCUGGCAACUUGUGACAGAAGUAAUUACAUUGCACUGGGUGAUUGUAAAACUAUAUUAAAUGAUUAUGGUACAGAAAUAAUAGUUACUCUUUAUCAAUAUUUAGAAUAUUUAAUAUGGGAAUACAUAAAAAAUAAUGAUACAUAUAGUGAUCUAUAUAAUACUAUAGUAAAAAAUAAAUCUCCAACAGCUCCAUGUGGUAGUCGAGAAGAUUUAGAAUGGCGUUUUAGUUUUACAUGUAAUUCUUUAUCCCAACAAUUGAGAGCUUUGACUAAGCUUGAAUCACAACAAAAACAAAUUGGUCUUAUUACUAUUGAUCGAAAUAUUGUUACAAAAAAUGUAGAUACUAUUAUGUAUGCAUGUUUAGAAACUAUAAUCAUUCAAAAUAUAUGGAAAAAUCCACGUAAACAUUAUUUCAUAUUACCAUUAAUUGCUCGUACAUGUCCAUUAGUAUUAGCUACAUUUGAUAUCGAUUAUAUUGAACGACGAGGUAAAAUUCAAUGGGUACAUCAAAAUCAUAAUCUUGAAUAUUUACUUCAACAAUUAACAGAUAUAUUUCGUAAUACUCUUAAUGAUCCACAAGUGGAAGUAGUUACAUCAAAAUAUGCUAAUGUAUCUAUUCUUCUAUCUGAUUCUUUUGUUAUUAAUACUAUUAAUGCAGAUAAUAUGCGUGAAAUUCAUCGGUAUAUGAUUGCUACUGAUUAUCCAUUUUGGAUUUUUAAUAAUAUAGUACUUCUUUGUACUGGUCAUGAAAAAGCUGAUGCAUCAACGGCAAUUAUUGCAAUAUCAGCUUUAACUACUUUAUUACAUAAAAGAUGUCAUAUAUUAUUUGAAGAAGCAAAAUCCACAGCUGAACAACAGAUAAAUACAUGUUCAGCAUUUCGUUCUGAGUAUCUAUCAUCUGUUGCUAGUACAGCAUCCAGUAUUUAUUCAUUUACGGACAUACUCUUCCCUACUAAUCAUGAUUCUAUUGAAUCAAUGAUUAUAUCGAUAGGCAAAAAUUGUACGACUGAAGAAGAUCCUGAAAAAAUGACUUUAGAUUCGGUUGCUGUUGAACGAAUGGCUGAUGAUAUUAUUUAUCGAAAUCGAUUAAAAGAACAACAUAGUACAAUUCGAAACAGUUACUUGGGAAAUAUUUGGAGAAAUCCAUCGAUUGUGGAUGGUAUCGAACAAAUUCGUAUUGGUCAAAAUGCUGAACAUUUCUUUUUUGUUUAUCUACAAAAUUAUUACGGUUCGAUUGAUGUAACACCAACAAAAAAUUGGCGUUCAUCAGCACGGCGUGUUAUUUAUCCACAACAUUGUGAUAAUAUAAAUGAUUCGGCUGGUUUUGAUUUCGAAUUACACGAUACACGUCAAUUAUUUACACAUACAUCAGGACCGACUACUAAAUAUUGUUAUUUUGAAGUUAAAGGCAUUAGUGGAUCGUAUAACGAAGAAUAUACUCGUUUUAAUAUUACUAAAAAUGAAUUAGAUAUGUGUUACUCAAUUUUAACAGAUUGGAGAAAGCAAAAAAAUGAAGCUUAUUUUAUUAUUAUUAUUGACAAUUGUCUUGAUGCUGAGAAAAUUUCUCUUGCUGCUGUAAUUAAUUGGUAG